UCUACUUAGUAACGGAUGUGUGUACUUCUACUGAGUAACGGAUGUGUGUACUUCUACUUAGUAACGGAUGUAUGUACUUCUACUGAGUAACGGAUGUGUGUACUUCUACUGAGUAACGGAUGUGUGUACUUCUACUGAGUAACGGAUGUGUGUACUUCUACUUAGUAGCGGAUGUGUGUAUUUCUACUUAGUAACGGAUGUGUGUACUUCUACUGAGUAACGGAUGUGUGUACUUCUACUGAGUAACGGAUGUGUGUACUCUUGCCCUCUCUGUCUCUGUGCAGUCAGAUUAACUCCCGGGACGCCUCGGGUCAGACGCCUCUGCACCGGGCGUGUGAGCGCGGUGACACGGCGUGUGUGACGGAGCUGCUGGAGGAGAGCCAGGCUCGAACCGACAUCAAGGACCAGGACGGAGAGACGCCCAUGCACUGCGCCGCCAAGCAGGACACACCCGCCAUCAUCAAGGUCAUGUGCUCUCGGAUGUGUUCGGGCGUGAACGAGCUGAAUCUCCACGGGGAGACGCCGCUGCACGUUUCCUGUCGCCUCGGCCGAGUCGAGUCCGUCAAAGCUCUGCUGGGGGGCGGAGCCAAGUGUGAUGUCAUCGGAGGGGUGGGGUACCCCAUUCACAGCGCCAUGAAGUACAGCGAGAAGGGGUGAG